AUACCUGUGGAGAGUUUUCCAAUAAUAAAAUCAUGCGUAGAGGUUCUUCAAUGCAGUCCAAGGCUAACAAAGAAACAAUCUCUACUGCGAAAACUGGACAAGAGAAUGUGAGAGUCACUAGAUCACGAGCCAAGGCGGCAUUAGGAGCGUCGAUAUCUCCAUCAAAACCCGAUUUUAAACAGGCACCAAUGCAUAAAAAGCGAAUGGCAUCAGAUGAUAUAAAAGAUUGUUGUCAACAUAAGAGACGUUCGGUGCUCAAGGAUGUGACUAACUCUUUGGCCUGUUUGGAUGGGAACAAUGUUAAGGCUAGCAAGAGAGACCAAGAUGUGGAUGCCGAAAAAUCUAAACUAGCAGAAGAUUUGUCAAAGAUUAGGAUGGUUGAAUCUGCUACAAACUCCAAAGAUGGAGAUCAAAAAGAAGACGGAUAUGGUUUCAGAGGCUAUCUUAAGCCUGUAGAUAUUGAUUCCAAUGACCAAGAUCCUCGGUUUUGUUGCUUAUAUGCUGCAAAUAUGUAUGACAGUUUUCAUGUUGCAGAGCUUGAUCAAAGACCUUCAACUAGCUAUAUGGUGCAAGUACAGCGAGAUAUCGGUCCAAGCAUGCGUGGGAUUCUCAUUGAUUGGCUUGUGGAGGUACUACUACUACUUCAAAAGCAUUUGUUAAAGAGUAAGAGCCACUGUUAAUAAUGCUAUUUCUUGUAGGUUUCUGAAGAGUAUAAGCUGGCUGCAGACACUCUAUACCUUGCAGUGAACCUCGUUGAUCGGUUCCUGUCCAACAAUUACAUUGAAAAACGGAGGCUCCAGCUUCUUGGUGUCACUUGCAUGCUAAUAGCCUCGAAGUAUGAAGAGAUAUGUGCACCAAGGUUGGAAGAGUUCUGCUUCAUUACAGACAAUACAUACACAAGACUCGAAGUAGUGGCCAUGGAGACUCGAGUUUUAAACUUUCUGCACUUUCGUUUAUCAGUUCCAACCACCAAAACGUUUCUCAGGCGGUUCAUUCAAGCAGCUCAAGCGUCUGAUCAGGCUCACCACAUUGAGAUGAAGUCCUUAGCAAACUAUCUUGCAGAAUUGACUCUUGUGGAAUAUAGUUUUCUAAGGUUCUUGCCGUCUCUAAUUGCUGCCUCAGCUGUUUUCUUAGCAAGAUGGACGCUAGACCAAUCUAAGCAUCCUUGGAACUCAACUCUACAGCACUAUACUAGAUAUGAGACACCUGCUCUUAAGAACACAGUGCUUGCAAUGGAGGAUUUGCAGCUCAACACCAGUGGAAGCACCCUUGUUGCUGUAAGGAACAAGUAUAACCAAGAAAAGUUUAAAAGAGUGGCAACACUAACAUCUCCUGAACGUGUCACAACACUGUUCUCAAGAUGAAACCUGGCUUUAAGUUCUCCUGAUGUGACCAAAAGAGGCAUAACCAAGUCAGCACAUCUCACUGGCUUCAACAAUUGCAUCAGGUGACAUCACUUUUGGUCUCUUCUUCAGUAGUGGAAUGGUUUAUAUAAGUUGUGCUUCUAGGCAAAUGCCAUCUCAUGUGAAAAUUGUAAAACUAAACAUGGUUUUGACACAUUGAGAUAGUCUCCUUGCCUUAAAAAUAUAUUUAAAAAAAAAUGUAUUUCUA